AUGGCCGCUGGUCUGGUAGAUGCAGUUGCCAUCAGACAGCAGGCAGCCGUUGGCUUCACGGACUCUUACGAUGCGCUGCCAGCGGCCACUCCGGUCGGAUCGCUCCAUGGACUUGAGUACACUGGCGCCACUGUCCGCGUCCGGCGCUUACCCAACGGGACUCAACCCAUCGUCCCUCACAGCGAGCCCCACUUCGCAGAAGGCAUCGAGCCUCUUCAGCACAUCCAGAGCGGCGGAGUCUCCUUCGACAGCCUAAUUCACAUCAACUCAGCUCAGAACCUCAGCUCUUUUGACGUCUACACCUUCUACUUCGCUUGUGCCGCCAUCGAUGGACCGACUUAUGGGCCUGCUCGACCAUGCACUGUUGCGGUGUACGGAGUUGGAGAUGGAACUCGGAAGUACACUGCGACCUUCGACUAUGCUCCGGCAUCCUCUGAUGGGGCGCCUUUCGCGAUGGCUGGGUUCAACUACCCAAACUUCAGAGAGAUCCAGAACUUGACUUUUGGCAUUGUGGCGGGCUCCGCGCCGGUUGGCAAGACAGCUUUGGCGAUCGAUUCGUUCUACCAUUUGAACUACGCCACCGGUUGA